CGCUGUGAGUCUGCAGCAACAUGGCAGCGCCGUCCGGCAGCAAACGCCUCCGCUUCAUGAGGCGCUCGAUCCGGGAGCGGGUCCCCCCGCUGCUCACCGACCUCUACCAGUUCACCAUGGCGUACGCGUACUGGCGGGCCAAGCGGCACCAGGAGCCCGCGGUGUUCGAGCUCUUCUUCAGGGACGCGCCGUUCGGCGGCGGCUUCUCGCUGUUCGCCGGGCUGACGGACUGCCUGCUGUUCCUGCGCGAAUUUCGCUUCUCGGAUGAAGACAUGGACUUCCUGUCCUCCGUCAUGCCCCCGGACACCGACUCGGCCUUCUUCCAGUUCCUGCGAGGCCUGGACUGCUCCGGAGUCUCGCUGCGGUCCGUCCCCGAGGGCAGCGUGGUGUUCGCCCGGACGCCUCUGAUGGAGGUGGCAGGUCCGCUGGCGGUGGUCCAACUGCUGGAAACCAGUUUACUGUGUCUGGUGAACUAUGCCAGCCUGGUGUGCAGUAACGCUGCUCGAUUCCGCCUGGCGGCCGGCCCCAGCAAGAAGUUGCUGGAGAUGGGCCUCCGCAGGGCUCAGGGACCAGACGGGGGGCUGAGCGCCUCACGGUACACCUACAUCGGAGGGUUUGACCUCACCAGUAACGUUCAGGCCGGCUUCCUGUUUGGGAUCCCCGUUGCAGGGACGAUGGCUCACUCCUAUGUCACCUCCUUCGGCUCUCUGGAGGAGGUGUGGCCACAGACUCUGGUGGCCUUGAACGGGGACCCCGAUCCAGUGAAUGUUGUCUCUCUGACCAAAGGCUGGCUGAGUCGCGUGUGCAAGCUCCUGGCUGCCGAACCCGGGAAGAUUCGAGAGGGCGAGCUGGCAGCUUUCCUGACCUACGCCAUCGCCUACCCUCAAAACUUCCUCCCCGUGAUCGACAGCUACAGCGUCGGCUGCAGUGGACUGUUGAACUUCUGCGCUGUGGCUCUGAUGCUGUGUGAGCUGGGCUACAGGCCCAUGGGAGUGCGUCUGGACAGCGGCGAUCUCUGCAAGCAGUCGCUGGAAGUGCGUCGUGUCUUCACACUUUGCUGCAAGCACUUCUCCAUUCCUGCGUUCGAUUCUCUGGUCAUCGUUGGGACCAACAACAUCUCAGAGCAAAGCAUGGUGGAGCUCAGCAAGAAGGAGAAUGAGAUCAACACGGUCGGUGUAGGAACACAUCUGGUCACGUGUACCAAACAGCCGUCUCUGGGCUGUGUGUAUAAGCUUGUGGAGGUGAGAGGAAGACCCAGGAUGAAGAUCAGUGAAGACCCAGAGAAAAGCACGCUUCCCGGGAGGAAAUCGGUCUACCGUCUGCUGGACAGUGAAGGCUAUCCUUUCCUUGACCUGGUGAGCCUGGUGGGGGAGCCGGCACCGCAGGCCGGACUCCCACUCAGCUGCUUCCCUCUGGGCUGCGACGGCGCCUCGACCUCGGUCACUGCAGCUCAGGUCAUCUGUCUGCGACAGGAGGUGUUCAUCAACGGAGAGAUCUGGAAGCCUCUGGAAAGCAUGGCGGUAACCAGGGCCAAGGUGCAGAGCUCCAUCCAGACUCUGCACGUGAGGCACAAGAGGCUGCAGGAGCCCGAGUCCUACACAGUGGCGCUGUCAGAAAGCCUCCACAAGCUGGUCACAGAGAUCCAGACAGACAGCAGCAGCAGCAGCAGCAUCCUCCUGGCCAACUGAAGACCGUCCCAGACAACUUCUGUUCUGCCUCAAGUGCCUCAGUAAGACCAGCUUAGUCCCCGGAGCUGCCCUGUUACAGCUGGACGGGGAAGUGAACGGGGACUGCCCAUCAGCAAUGAACGUUUCUGGAAAACUACCUAACUUAAAGUUUAUUCUGAUGAAAAGCUGCACACCCCAACAAUACACACACAAUUCUAUAUUUGUAAUGGAACAACACUACAGGGGUCAAGUCACUAAGCUGUCAGUUUGUUCAUUUCUGAGUUUAUUUCCCAACAGUGAGAAGUGAUUGUCGUCUUCUUUAGGCAAAUAAGCUAAAUUCAGGAUUGGUUGAUUAUUUUCUGGCAUUAUUGAUUAGCUGUCAACCUUUAAAAUGUAGAUAAAUGGUUAAAAAAAUGGGAUUCACCUGCAAAAUUAAGUUAACUGUGAAUUCAUUAUGUGUUGAAUAUGCCAUCCCAUCAGAGGGGGAAAUUACUUUCAAAUGACUAAAAUUUUGGAAUUAAACAUUUUUUUACCCUGUGAUGUGAGCAAAAUAUAGUUCCGUAUAUAUAACUUGACUAAUCAAGUCAUUGGAUAAUCUGUCCACCCCUGAGACAAACUGUACAAUAUGCCUCUAGUUAAGUUACAUUUCAAAGUAAAAUCUAAUUAACCUGUUUAACAAAUACACCUUCAAACAAAAGUCAGAACAGCAACCAUUUAGAAAAACAGUUUUCUUUAUCCACAUUUCAAGGAUGAAAGUUGGUACCAUUGUUUGAAAACAUCCACUUUUUUGCAUUUUUGUUUCUUUCUUUUUUAGCAUUCAACCUCACUGUUUUGCUCUCAUCAGCGGAUGAAAAUAAACAACAUUUAAAAUUCAGCUUGCAGGUUUCCAUGUCUAAAGGGCCUGAAUAAACACCAGUGCACCGUCUCUGUUCACUUCACAUUGACCGUUUCGGUUACCACUUGUGCUAAAGCUGAAAAAAAGUCAGCAAAAAGUUUAUAAAGGCUUAAAAAAACUCUAAAAGCUCUUAGUUGUAUAAAGACAGCAGUUGUGCAGAUGUACUUGGUGUAUGGUGCAGAAGCAUCCUGAAGGGUCCUGAGAAAGCUAAAUAUUGCACUGGGUGGAAACCAGAACAGCGCUGCACGGGCCUAUUUCUGGAAUUUGUGGGUUUCUCCUCUUGUACCUCAAAACAUGUGAAUCUUACAUGGGAAUGUUGAUACCUCUAAAUAAAGUUGACCUUUUAAA